UGGUGACACCGACGUGAUGGACAAUCAAGACGCGCAUGACGCUCCCGUGAUCAAUAGCGUCAGUGUUAAAGUGCCGCCAUUUUGGCCCGACGAACCUGUGCUAUGGUUCGCACAGAUCGAAAGCCAGUUUACGUUGGCGAAUAUCACGGCGGACACUACUAAGUAUAACUAUGUAGUGUCAAAUUUGGAUUACAAGUAUGUUUCGGAAGUUAAAGACAUAAUAAAAAACCCGCCCACUACGGACAAGUAUAUAUCUUUGAAGACCGAAUUAAUAUCGAGAUUGUCAUCAUCCCAAGAACAACGGGUGCGACAACUUUUAACACACGAAGACAUUGGAGACCGGAAGCCAUCCCAAUUUUUAAGACACUUACAAAAUCUCGCAGGUCCAGAAAUUCCAGAUGACUUCAUUAGGUCCAUAUGGUCGAGCCGAUUACCAACAAAUAUUCAAGUCAUAAUUGCGUCACAACCAAAGAGCUCGCUAGACUCCUUGGCGUCGCUAGCGGACGCAGUUACUGACGUCAUGUGUCAACCACAAAUUAACCACGUGGCGUCCCCGCACGACGAGAUAAAAGAACUAAGGAAUUGCGUUGCCGAGCUAACCAAGCAAGUCGCAGCCCUUUCUACAUCUACAUCUCGGCGUCCACGCUCGCGAUCGGGACAGCGUGCAUACGAGUCGCGACGCCGAUCACACAGCCAUGGACGUUCACGAGAUGUUUCAACGAGUGGCGUGUGUUGGUAUCACCGAACAUUCAAAGAAAACGCGACAAAGUGUCGUGCGCCAUGUUCAUAUAAGGGAAACGACAACAGCAGUCAUUAA